AUGGCGCCGGCGCCGGUGGCGGAGGCCGAGGCUCCCGCGCCGGCAGCCGGCAGCGGCGAGGCCGGGGCUGGCGAGGGGUGGCAGCGUCCCGAGGGGGUGUUUGAUUUACCAUGGCAGAAGUGCCGCGGCGGGCUCGGCGUGGCGAGCGGCGGCGGUGGGUGGGAGCUCCGGGACGUGUUCUUCCGCUCGCUGGUGGACGGGCACGCCGCUGCGAUCGGGGUGCCCGGCGACCGUCUCUCCGCGCCGCCCAGCAAGCGGACCCUGUUCGACGAUGUGGACGCGUGGCUCGCCUCGGCCGGCGACGGCGAGGUGGACCCGCUAUGGCGGUCGGUGCUGGAGGCGGGGCCCAGGCCCGCCGCGUGACGACGUACGCCAGCCAAACAUGCCGAUCGUGUAGACUGCCAGGUGCCUCGGGGCCCACCUGGCGGCCGCUCAGGGUCUAUCGUGUCAGCAGCAGUGCCCUCACAAAUACUAGGAAAGGAAAGAAGAGAAGAUUUCAUCGUAUUUUAAUUUCAAAUGUCUGUUUAGUUUGCUACAAGGUUGCAUUACAUUAGGUUAUCUCUAUGUAGCUAGAUCGUCGCUGAGUGUUAUGCUUAGUUCUUUAUUAUCAUCUUCAAAGGUUUAAUUUAGCUUAGAGUCCCGAUUAAAUUUUAGGGAAAAAGACUUUGAGCAUGCAUGUUCAUGGGUAUGUGAUGACAAGUUACAAAUGAAGAAACUUGGAUGAAUUUAAAAAUGUCA